CGGGAGGGGGCGCUGGGAGGGGGCGCUGGGAGCGGGCCCGGGAACAGCCCGCGGGUCUUGCGCAGAGCCAGCCCUCUGGACAGACAGGCGAGGGUAGCGACGGACUCGUCCGCCCUGGGGACCGGAACCCGACAGAGCGUACCGGGCGUCCACAGACACCCUCCGCCCCGCGCGCAGCUGGGCCCCUGCGGUGGCGCGGAGCCUCUCCGUUCGCCACCUGGCGUGGUUGACGCCGCUUCGGGCACGGUCCCCGCGGAUUGUCCGAGGAGAGGCGGAGCCGAGCGUUGUCCUACGGUGGGCUGGGACGGUCCCUGGUCGCCGCCCCCGACACCUGCUUUCCACCGACAGGAGCCGUUCUCCGGCAGUUCCCGCUGCAGCAGCCGCGGGAGGCCACCUGGCGAGGGAAAAGCUGCGCUGCUGGCGAGGCGCGGGCGGGGUGGGGACGGGGAACUAACUGCACGACCGGCGGUACACUCAACCUGGUUCACAAGUCCUGGGAAGCCCCCUGGGCCAGAGAUGUCAGUGGGGUGAGGAGCGAGGCUGACGUGCCCUGGCUGACCCCUGGGAGAAGAACUGUUCCUGGCAGGGCGAGUCACUGAGCCGGCGGCCGCCUUCGAAGGGUCUGGUGACGAUGCUGAGGUGCCUGCGCCGCUGGUGGCCGAUCAGUGCCAGUACUGGACUGCGCCUGCCGGAGCGACGAUACCUGUUCACCAUGAAGCUGCAGUCCCUGGAGUUCCAGUCCCUGUUCACGGAAGGGCUGAAGGCCCUCACCGAAUUAUUUGCCAAGGAAAACCACGAGUUGCGGAUAGCAGGCGGCGCCGUGCGGGACCUGCUGAGUGGGGUGAAGCCGCAGGACAUCGACUUCGCCACCACCGCCACGCCCGAGCAGAUGAAGGGGCUGUUCCAGGCGGCCGGUGUCCGCAUGGUCAACAACAAGGGGGAGAAGCACGGGACCAUCACGGCCAGGCUUCACAGUGAGAAUUUUGAGAUCACCACCCUGCGGAUCGACGUCGUCACGGAUGGAAGACACGCUGAGGUGGAGUUCACAACCGACUGGCAGAAGGACGCCGAGCGCAGGGACCUCACCGUCAACUCCAUGUUUCUGGGCUUUGACGGCACGUUGUAUGACUACUUUAAUGGUUAUGAAGAUUUAAAAAACAAGAAAGUGAGAUUUGUGGGACAUGCUAAGAAGAGGAUACAAGAAGAUUACCUUAGAAUUUUAAGAUAUUUUCGGUUUUACGGGAGAAUUGUGGACACGCCCGAUGCCCACGACCCCGAGACUCUGGAAGCAAUUGCAGAAAACGCCAAAGGCCUGGCCGGGGUGUCGGGGGAGAGGAUCUGGGUGGAGCUGAAGAAGAUUCUCGUCGGGAGCCACGUGAACCACCUGAUCCACCUCAUCUACGACCUGGACGUGGCUCCCCACAUCGGCUUACCUGCCAAUACAAGUUUAGAAGAAUUUGACAAAGUCAGUAAAAAUGUGGAAGGUUUUUCACCCAAGCCAAUGACACUCUUGGCCUCGUUAUUCAAAGCACAGGAUGAUGUUACAAAGUUGGAUUUGAGGUUAAAGAUUUCGAAAGAAGAGAAAAACCUUGGCUUGUUUAUCGUCAAGUAUAGGACAGAUUUAGUUAAAGCGACAGACAGCUCAGAGCCCCUGAAGCCCUACCAAGACUUCCUCAUAGACUGCAGGGAGCCCGACGCCGCCACCCGCGUGUCCGAGCUGCUGAAGUACCAGGGCCAGCACGCCCUCCUGCGGGAGCUGCAGCGCUGGUCCGUGCCCCCGUUCCCCGUGAGCGGCCAUGACCUCCGGCGGGCGGGCGUCUCCUCCGGAAAGGAGAUCGGGGCGCUGCUGCAGCAGCUGCGAGACCAGUGGAAGAAGAGUGGCUACCGGAUGGAGAAGGAGGAGCUGCUGAGCUUCGUAAAGAGGCCCUGAGCCCGCGGGCCGCCGGGCGACUGGGUGAGGCCCUUCCCUCUGCUCCCCUCGGUGAGGUCUGAGAGACACGCGCAUAGGAGGGAAGAUGGCCAAGGGCUCCUCGGGAGAAGGCAGAAUUGCACGCUCGUGAGCGCGCCCCACCCCGGGCCUGCACCGGGCCGGCUGCCUCCAGCCCCGACUCUGCACUGAGCCCUCUUGGUCCGUGGACGGUUCUCACCCAGAGGUGUGGCCGGUCCGGCCUGGCUCAGCCUGUCUUGGCUUCAGGUUCUCUCGCACAGGGCUCUGCUGAGAUCGGCGCGUUGAGGAAGUUUCCCGGUUGUUGGGAUUGAAAUAACCAGGUUAUUUUACGACUGUCUACGAUAAGUGUCGGUUCUUAUCUGAAUUGCAGAAUAAACUUGAACGUAGCUCCCGGA